AUGACGAGGCCAUCCUCAAGGUCAAGGUCGAAGACACAGCUCCAACAGCAGAUGAAGACACAGCUCCAGCAGCAGACGAAGACUUCCUGGUCGCCUUUGCUGAAUCUGUCGACCAAAGAGCACCCCCGAAACUGGCCAAGUGUCCGAAAGUGGAUUGUGACGGGUGUCCUGUCUGCCACGGGCUUUAAUCGCAUCAUGGUCUCGACCAUCAUGGCACCGGCCCUCUCUACUAUCGAUGCCAAACUCGACAUGAACAGCGUCGAAUCCGUCAUGGCAAUGUCCGUCUUCCUCCUCGCCACGGCAUUUGGCCCGCUGGUCAUCGGCCCUCUUUCUGAGGUUUAUGGCAGAAAGCCCAUGUUACACACAACUAACAUCUGGUUUUUGCUGUGGAAUGUCGUCUGUGGGUUUGCGCACACAAAGAGUCUGCUCAUCGCCGCUCGGCUGCUCGCUGGCUUUGGCGCAAGUGCCGUAUACGUGCUCGCCGAUGGUGUGCUCGGAGACGUGUGGCCGUCCGAGCAGCGUGGAAAGUCGCUCGGAAUCUAUCUUCUCAUCCCGUUGCUCGGCGCCGCUGUUGGUCCCAUAGUUGGAGGCUUCAUUACGCAGGGGACGACAUGGCGCUGGAUGUUCUGGUCGACAUCACUUCUCCAAGGCGCAAUGAUCCUGGCUUCGAUCCUACUCUUCGACGAGACCUACGAGCCGGUCAUACUUGAGCGGCGGGCCGAGAGACUUCGAACCGCGACCGGUGACCAACGGUUCCACACCAGAGCUGGAAAGCUGAGUGAGGGCCGCUCGCCGCUGUGGGUUAUGCAGAGGAGCUUGUCCAGACCGAUCCGCUUACUCUUGUUUCACCCAAUUGUCCAGGUCCAGACUCUUCUGUCCGGCUUCAGUUACGGCGUCCUAUAUCUCGUGCUCUCCACGUAUUCGGACCUCUGGACGUCAAGAUACAAUGAAUCCAUAUCUAUCAGCGGCCUGCAUUACCUCACCAUAUGCAUAGGCGAGGUUGCUGGUGCCCAACUGGGCGGACCACUGAUGGAUCUUGUAUUUCAGCGGUUGCAAAAUCAAGCCGGUGGAUCCUCAAUCCCUGAGUACCACGUCCCAUUGAUGAUCCCCAGCGCUGCCAUUACAGCAUCUGGUCUCCUGCUGUACGGCUGGACAGCCCAGGCAAAAACGUUCUGGCUCCCCGUCGACCUGGGUGCUGCAAUCUUUUCAUGCGGCAUGCAGAUCAACGGCAUGUCACUUCAAGCAUAUGUCAUCGACUCGUAUCCUGUACACGCUAGCUCGGCGUCGGCUGCGUCGCAGCUCCUGCGCAGCUUGGCCGCUUUCGGAUUCCCUCUCUUCGGCCCCAGGAUGUAUUCGGCCCUAGGUUACGGUUGGGGGAACACCAUGAUGGCUUUGGUUUCCAUCGCCGUCAGCUUGCCUGCGUCGAUGUUCAUUUGGUCAUACGGUGCGAAGCUCCGAAAAAAGGCGCUCGACAGUUAUUGA